AUGGGGCUUUAUAAAGAUCAGUCGUUUAAUAAAUCACUUGUUGGAGAUCCAUCACUGAACGAACGUCUUUAUAUUGAGGUCGGACUGGAAGCGACAAAGUCGAGUUCAGGAAAGUCACCUUUUGGAAUCAAGUUAAAUGAAUGUUACGUCACUUCAAAGAAUCGCUUGGCUGAAUAUAAAUAUCUCUUGAUUGAACGAGGGUAAGUCGAUCAACAAAAACGUUUGAACGAUGAUCAAAUAUCUUUUAUAAAAGCCAGUACUGUUUCUUCAUUUUAAUGAAGAAUGUGUGCUGCAGUUUCUCCUUUGCAUAUAGUCAGGAACGUCGUGAAGGCAUCAACAUCGGGGGGGGGGGGGCGAGGGGGUGUCGUCAUAUUUUGAACAACGUUUCCUAAAAUUUUGACCAAGUAGUAGAAAUAUUUCCUGAAAAUGUUGUCGAGGGGGAGGGGUUGUCAAAAAAUUUUCCGGACUAACAUAGCAAAGCUUCUGAUAUAUUUCAAGCCAAACUAAGAAGAGGCUUGCAAUUGUUUCCACUGAAAACAUAACCAAAAGUUAAAAAAUUAUUCGUGAACAUUUCAUAAUUUGACCAUCUUUUAUUUCAAACUUUGAGCCAAAAUUUUACCAACGUGACCUUCAAUUUAGCAAAUAUUAUUUCCAUUUGACCAACUUUGGCCGUUUGGGGGGGGGGGGGUGUUACACCCUCCCCCCAUCCACCCACCCCCUGUAGGGACGUCCCUGCAUAUAGUAAAAAUAGGAAAUAAAUACUUUGAAAAAUAGGAACUAAAUAGCCCAAUGAAAUAGGAAUUAAGUAGCAAUUAAAUAGUGCUUGAUUCUACAAAGGUUGUAUAAUAAAUAGUGCCAGUGUCCAAGGAAAUUUGGAUCCACCUUAAAUAUGCCCCAAGGUCAGGUUUCCCAUAAAACUGACUUCAUGAUCACAGGGAGAAAUGUUUGCUAGGAAACUAUAUAGCCUUUUUUUAGAAAGUUAUUGCCCUGGCUCUUUUUAGGACUGAACAAAUAUAAACCUAACUCAUAAAACUAGGUCUCUUAUAAGUACUAGUUAAAACACGAGCAGCCGAUCUUUAUCUGAUAUGCAAACUCGACCCGAAGGCAAGAAUUUGUAUAUCAAAUAACGAUCCGAUGAGAAUAUUUUAGUACUAGAUAAAGCAUGAGCAGCCGAUCUGUAUGUGAUAUACAAACUCGAGCCGAAGGCGAGAGUUUGUAUAUCAGAUACAGAUCGGAUGCGAACGUUUUAUCGUACUUAAAAAAUGUACCAUCUUAUGAGUUCAUUGACGAAGUAAUUUUAAAAAUAAACAUUGUCUAAGCCGAGAAAAUCAAAGCUGAAGUUUAUGUAAAUCAGGACAAAUCUGUAUCCGAUUUACAAACAUUGAUUAAACAUUCAUUUCUUUUUUAUUUUCCUCGUGAAUUAUUAAUGAAUUUUUUAAACGUACUUAAAAUACGACCCUUAUGAGUUCAUGCGAAGUAAUUUUAAAAAUAAACAUUGAGAACAUUAUCAAAGCUGAAGCAUAUGUAAAUCAGGACAAAUCUUUAUCCUAUUUAUAAACACCAUUAAACAUUCAUUUCUUUUGAAUUUCCUUCAUGAAUUAUUAAUGAGCAUUUUAAAUAUAUUUAACAAAUCCAAACAAAACAAGUGGUUAAUUAUAAGUUUUUAAAACUUUAUUGUUUAGAAGCUCGAUAAUAUAGAAUUGUACAAAGUUAAGAUUAAAAUUCAUUAUAUAAAAGAAAUAUAUGUUUUGGUCUAUAUUUAAUGUUUAAAAAUUGUUAUUUUAAAAACCCAAACAAUCCUUUAAACAAAAUGUUUAACUAUAGGUACUAGUACACUCUGGCAAUUUCUGUCUCAAUAUCUAUGUUUGUUUCUUUAACAUCACAUUGAUGACAUUGUUUCUUUCUCGUUAUUCUCGAUUUUCGAAGGCAUAGGAGAUCUAAUGAACGAAAAUGAUAUCUUUGCUCUUAUCCAAGCCAUUGUCUUUGAAUUAUUAAUGAGUAUUUUAAAUAUGUUUAACAAAUCCAAACGAAGCAAGUGGUUAAUUAUAGUUUGUUUAACCAUACGAGUCUCGGUUGUGAAGCUGAAGACAUAGUAAAUCUACAGCGCUGUUUCCACUGGGGGACCAACUAACAGCUGUGUUAUGAAUAUGAAUAAGACAUCAUAUUAAACGUAAUAUGAAUAAAACAUAACGUAAUAUUUAACAAUUAUUGAAAGAGGUUGCGCACGAUAUGAAGAAUUAUCAAGCCCGAAGUUUGCCGUUAUCAACCGAAGCCGAAGGCUGAGGUUGAUAACGGCAAACUGAGGGCUUGAUAAUUCUUCAUAUUGUGCGCAACCUCUUUCAAUAAUUGUUAAAUAUUACGUUAUGUUUUAUUCAUAUUACGUUUAAUAUGAUGUCUUAUUAGAAUUCAUAUUAUUUAUUUAAAAAAUUAAAAACAAACGGAAGCCAUUUGUAUUUUAUUUGUAUUAUGAAAAAACAAUUCCUUAGUCCUUCGCGGCAGCCGUCGUGAUUGUCAUAUCAAUGGCGUCACCGAGUCAAUAUGAUUCCCGUCGUCAUAGUAAUAUGGCGCAAACGCGUCCAAAUUUUUUUCAUAUUGACUCUUUGACGUCGUCUUGCUAUUAUGAAUGUGAAAAAUCCAUAUUUUGUUAGCCAUUGAGUUGAUAUGACAAUUUCACAGUUGGCUGUUAGCCAAUCAGAAACCAGGAAUUUUUUAAAUAAAUAAUAAAUUCAAAUUAUUGCACUUACUUGUAUAAAUCACAAGAGCUUGCAUUUACAGUGAAAAGCUUCAAACAUUGCUUCAAACGACGAUUCACAAUCGAAAAUAUUACAUGGCGUUCCAACGAAAAAAACAGCAAGGAUUGCGGGCGCGCGAGCGGAAAGUGCUUGCGGGCACGCGGUGGGAAAGGCAAGGGGAGAAAAAGAUAGAAGGGUUGAAACACCGGUAAUGCGAUCGUUUGGUGUAUUCCAUAAGUAGCCUGUUCUCUCGGAAAAUUCCGAUCAUUCACCGGAAAUGCCUCCUGGCAACCCCAACAACGCCUACGCGCUUAAUUAAUGAAAAUAAACAAUGUUAGCUAUAUGAAAUAUUUAAAUGAAGCGACCAACGGUUUUUUUACAAAAGCAAAGUAAAAUUUACAACUGUUGAGUGUGGCGACACAGAUACUGCUUGAAAGUAUUCCUACUAACGUCAAUAAAAGUGGAUUUUCAAUUGCACGCAGGUAUGUAAUGUUUCUGAUAAAUAUUUACAGAUUGCAUAGGCUUUAUUAAAUUUAAAUAAAAUACGUAAGACAUUUGAGAUUUACCUGUAAAAAGCAAGGUUCGUUCACUUCGUUGACUGCUGAGUGUACAAUAUUAAUUUAGGCCGCUAUUUUUGAAUAUAUUGAAAUAUUUUGUGUGCCUUGGGGUUCAAUGUAAUUUUGAGACGUAUAGAUACAGUCAGUCGAACUUGACAAGCAUCUAUUAUCCGUCUAGUUAUAUUCGUGCGUCUUCAGCAUAUACACAGGCACAAGACGCAUUUUGCGUAUAGACGAACAAAAUCUGGCCUUACAAAAAAUGCGCCGAAUCUUCCACGAAGAUAUAAUCACACGCCGAGCAAUAGCCGAAGAUUGAAGUCGGAAUAUUAUUACGUCACGAGAACAGGCUACUUAUGGAACACAUCUCGCUGUUAUAGAUCACAUAAAUUAGAUUGAUAUGAUCAGGGGCCGGUUGUUCAAAAGCUGGUUAACUUUAACUCAGGGUUAGCGCUAACCCUGGGUUAAAAUCCUUAACCCAGGGUUAGUUAACCCUGAGUUAAAACUGCGUUGUUCAAAGCUGGGUUAGAGGUGCGGUUAGUUAACCCAGGGUUAAGACAUGUAACCCCAGGUUAAAUUUGUUUUAAAAAUAAAUGUAAUAUAAGAACGUUUUUAAUUGGCUGGCCCCGUAUCAAAACUAGGGAUAGAAUGGGAUAGAUGGGAGAAAUAUUGUUUAAUCAACUAGAAAUACAUGCAUGCAGUAACCCCUCGCCAAUAUUGCCAUACAUUAAACAUGAAGUAUUCAGAAAUGACCAGCACUGAACGCAGGCUCGCGCUCAAGUGUUGCCAUGACAACACGAUAUUCUUAAAUUUUUAUUUUCAUAUAUUUUGUACAAAACUGCAAAAUAGUUGAAAGAUUCGUACUUUUAACUAUACAACAAUAAAUUUCCGAAAUACAUACUGUUAGGUAUAUUAUUUUGCAUUUUGUGAGCUUUGAUUUAAUGUAAAAUUUAACAUGAAACGCUUCGUAAAAUGUUUUGAAACGUUCAUUCAAGACGUAAACCUACAUUUUGCCGAUAAACUGUUUUUACUUAACAAAACAUGAUAAGUUUAAUACAAAUAAUAAAAUUGUUAGGUAAUUUCAGUUCAGUCUUCAAAUCAAUUUGUUCGCCUUAACAUUUUAAGAUUGUUUCUCAAAUUAAACGGUAAUUAAUUUAUGAAACUUAAAGCUUCUAUAGUUCAUUUUUAUUUAUUACGUAAAAAGUUAAAGCAACAAAAUUCGUAAACAUUUUAAAAAUAUUCAAAUUGCAGUAUAUUUCACGAUUUCCCGUAGUAAACCAAUUCUUCUCAUUUCUUCAAACAAAAUUGCUUCAAGCUUGUUGUAUAUGAAACAAUUUUCCAAGUAUAUGUCUUUUAAAAUUGAAAUCUUGCUUGCCAUGCAUAUUUUUGAGAUAAGUGAGGAUGACCACCCACUCAAGAUCGUCGCUCGUUGGUCAGCGCCCGCGAUGAUUGAUGAACUUUUAGACUUCGCUAAUGCUUUCGUUUCCCCGGGUGUAAAUAACCGGGGGGAAUUAGUACCCUCGCACGGCGCUUCGCGCAGUUGGCUCGGGGACUAGGCAACUGAAAUUGAACAUUUCAGACGUGGAUUUAAGCAUUUUGAAAGUUUCAAGAAAAAAUAUAAAUUUAAAUAAAUCAAUUUUGGAAUUUUAGGCAGUGCUUGAAUAAUUAAAUUUGAGAACAAAAUCACAGCCAAUCAAAUGAACUUCGAAUUAUUUUGGAGUUGAAAAGCAUUUUUCAACGCAUGCGUGAUUAUUCUAUAAAAGUAUAAAACAGAACACGAAAACAGAAAAAGAAGCAGCGAAGUUGUUUUAAUGCAGCUUUCAAAAACAAUUUAUUUACUAGUAGGUAAUACACUGCGCUGUAAACAGUAGAUGUGCAAGAACUUGUGAUUGUUCAACAAAUGGCAAGUGGAAACUUUGUGCCGAACAGGUGGUGGUAUGGCGAAUUGUUUGGCAAUACAAGUACUUUUUCUAGAGUUAUUUUUGAAGAAACUUGAGUUGAAUGCUCGGCUUAAAUAAAACUACAGUCUACAGUUUUGGUGGCGGCAAUCGACAAAGAUCUUGUGAGGUAAAUCCUUUUAUUGUACAGUGUACACAAUCUUGAUUACGGCAUUUGUGUACCAAACUAUAUUUUGAAAAUCGGAAGUACACUGUUUGUUUCACCACGAAUUUUACUUGUUUCCUUUUUUCACUCCUUCGAUGUCCGUUUUGAAUACGAGUUAACCGGCCGAUUAGCAAGUUACCCACCUAGCGAGGAGGGUUAAAUUUAGCCGUUGUUUUAACCGAGGGUUAAGGAUAACCUAGCUUUGAACAACGUAAAGUAACCUAGGGUUAAAAUGUAACCCCAGGUUAAGCAAAUUUAACCCUAGGUUAGUGUUAAUCGGCUUUGAACAACCGGCACCAGUGCUUUUUUGAGAGAACAUCGACUGAGCCCUAAAAAUACUACAAAGAGAUUAAACGGAUAGUCUAGAAGUAUCUUAAAAAGUCACGUGAUAUUUGUUUCAACCCUUCCAAUUUUUUCUCCCCUCGCCUUUCCAACCGCGCGCCCGCAAGCCCUUUCCGUUCGCGCGCCCGUAAUCCUUGCUGUUAUUUUCGUUGGAACGUCAUGUAAUAUUUUCGUUUUGUCAAUUGAUUCGCCAUAUAUGAACAAUAAUAAACUAUGUUGUGAAUCAUCGUUCGAAGCAAUGUUUCUAGGUAUUCGCUGUAAAUGCAAGCUCUUAUGAUUUAUACAAGUAAGUGCAAUAAUUUGAAUAUAUUACGUUAUGAUGUUUUAUUCGUAUUACGUUUAAUAUGAUGUUUUAUUCAUAUUCAUAACACAGCUCUUAGUUGGUCCCCCUGUGCUGUUUCAUGUAAAAUCUAUACCGUUUGCGUUAAUUUAGUAACAUUAUUAUUUAGUGAUAUUUAAUUGGUAGCAUUAUCCAUGCAUGCAUGUAUUUUUGAAAAUUCCUUUUUCUUAUAUUUAAAUUGCUCCAGAUUUUAAUUUUAAAAACUUGGUGACCGAAGAGGAGAAUUGGUGGAACGUUGUAUAGCGAUAGCGAUUUAUAAAAAUUGUAUACCCAUGUAUGCGAUCCUUUAUACCUUAGACACCUAACAUCUACAUUCCAAACUCUACCUAUUAAUGAAAGCAUAUCAUUUUGCUUCAUGCCUUCUGAUGUAGAUGCCAAAAAGACAAAACCGUGAAAUUUCACAAAUCAUCAGGAGACACUACAAGAUUUAGCUUCCUGGUGUUCCGUUUCCGUGGCUUACAUCAUUACAGCACACGUGUUCACUGCAGAAUAAGUGUGUGUGAGAAAAAGAAUAAAUCGUGUCAUUUGGGAUGUCGAUCAUCAAAGAACGGGAAGCGUAUGUUUUCUCCAGCAGAUGAUCAACGGAUCAGAUAUUUCUUUUAAACACUUGGUAAGUUAAUUAAAUUUUUCUAUAUUUUUCAUGUUAUUGAAUGUGUCUUUUGAUCAAAAAGGCUUUAAAAUUUGGCUAUAAAUCAGUACAUGCAAAUUAAUUAAACCAAAUUUUAGCUCUCAAAAAUUACAAUAUAUUUAGAGUUCGUUAAUUAAACCCAGAAGAAUAUCGACAAAAGUAUCCGUAGCUGUGAAUUUUGUCCAUCAUUUUAUGAAUUACGAAAUGACUUAUAACUUAUAAAUUAUAAAAGAAGUAAUAAAUUAUAGAACUACUAAUAAAACUAUAAAAAUGAAAGAGAAAGCAAAACGAAGAGUAAAGGACAUUUUUACCAGGUAAUCUUCUGCAAGAUACACGAAUACAUAUCGGGAAAAAUAUGAGUUGAUAAUGAUUUCUCUUGUCUGCGCUAUUUAUAUUAUAUUGUGGUAUUUCCAUGCAACUUGCAUUGUUUCUAUACCAGAUGACAGCAUUUGAUGUAGGCGCAAGUGUGCGAAAAUAAUCGCCAUAAUUAAAUAUCAUUUCAUGCAACAUGUUGAAUCGUGGUCGAUGUAUCGUGGCAUAUUGAAUAUUUAUCAGGAAAAGUAGGAUUAAGAAGAGGGAUUUGGCCCAGAGUAGCACUAUUUGAAAAACAUUUGUAAUUUAUGAAUAACCAAUAAUUAAGACUAUUUACGAUAUCACGACCGUGAUCCACGAUAUGUGGACACUUGUAGACCGCAUUAAAGAUCAGUAAGUCACGUUCGAGGGAUAUGUUUAAUUUAAAAACGUUAUAUGAAUACUAAUUCUGAAGCAGAGAUUUUUUUGAAAGACAUCAAUACUAAUUCAGAUUUUGAAUGCAUGUUAAUGAAGCGUGAGAUUGUGCCCAUGCAUGGCCAGUGAAUACUAAUAAUGUAAACAAAUAAUAUAGUAAUUCGCGCUCGCCAUUGUAAAUGCCCAAGAAGAUCAACUGCUCACAUUCAAACAAGAAAAUACAUGCAUGCAGAAACCUUCGCCUUGCUGACAAAACCAUUGUAUUUUUCGAACAUGAAGUAUCUAAAGUAGUUGUCAUGGUAACACGAAAUUUUUUUAAGAAUAUUCUUACAAAUGAAAAAUCGCCUAAAAAUAACACUUUUAAUUACAAAAUUAUCAAUUUCCCAACAUAUAUAUAUAUAUAUGUUAGGUAUGAUAUUAUACGUAAUUUAAGCUUCAAUUUAAGGUAAAAUUCAACCACAAACGCUUCGCAAAACGUUUUAAAGUGUUCUUUACAAAAUUAAACUGCCUUUAAUUAAAUGGCUUUAUCGAUAAACUUUGAGUUUGCAAUAAAAUGAUUUCAAAUUCUCGCAUGCAAAUAACUUUGCUUUCUUUUUUUUUUUAAAAACAAUAUAAUAAAAAAGGAAAUCAAUAUUAAAUAUAAAGAUACACUGAAAUUAUAUGCUGUCUUGUUUAGUUGUUUCAUGUACGCAAAGGCCGUCGCGUGUUAGAGCAAUUUGAAAUAAAAUCAAUAUUUUAUAAAAACAAACUUACCUUCGUGAACGUCGGCUCCCUUCUUUUAGCCGAUUCUUUUGCCCUUUCUUUCUUAAAAUUUACAAAAUCUUGCAAAAAUGAGAGCAAAAAUGUAAUAUAUUUGCAAGAAAUUUAUCAAUCAUCAAAUCAAGAAGUGUUUGAAAUUUCCCUGUCCUCAUGCAGUCGUUAUAAUGCAAACUUUAAAUUGGACCAAUCACAGUGUUCGCUAUUCAUGGCAGUCCGCCAUAUUUUUGAGAUCAGUGAGCAUGACCACCCACGCACAGUGAGCUACGCCCGCGAUGAUUGGUGAACUUUAGACUUCGUUAGUUCUUUCGUUUCCCUGGGUGUAAAUAGCCGGGGGGAAUUAGUACCCUCUCAUGGCGCUUCGCGCGGUCGGCUCGGAAACUAGUGCUUAAUUUAAAAUAUGCGACAUAUUUUUUAUCCACAUCAAGGUUUCAAAAUUUGAUAAAGUGAGAUAAUUGAUCUAUAGAGCUGCGAAUCGUCGUUUAAAUAAUAUGUUCGUCAAAGCCAUCACAUUCUUUUAAUAUAUGGUGUUUACGACUGCGCCUACGUCUUAGAGUUUUUGUGAUAUAUAAAUUGAUAAUUUGAAAAUUUGAACUUCAUUGCACUUUUUGGCGUUCAGGUUAGCAAUUUUUCGCGUUACAGUGAGUCUCAAAGAACUGGGGGCGGUGAAAUGGCAUCACCACUUGCAUGAUUUUAUUUCGUGAUAACAAAAAUACAUAUGAUAUAUUUGAGUUUCGCAAUAAAAUCGAGUUUAAAUUAAUUAAAUUGGAUAUUUCUUUAAAUUUAUCCACAUUUUAAUUGAAAUUUUAAAGUGAACAAUCUCAAUCAAUAUCCAAACAAUAUAGCUUCGGUUAUCCAAUUGACAGGAAGAUCGGGCUAGAAACUAAUUUUAUGGCCAAGAGUGGUGGUCAAAUACACAAAAAUCGGGACCAAAUGGCAAUGAACUGAUCGAAGGCUGUUGUCGAUCAUAGCCCAAGCGAAAUCUAGCUCACCAAUUAACUAACACUUUGAACUGCGUUCUUCUUCUUUUUACGAUGUAGCUUUCCACUACGGCAUUUGUGCAAAAAUGAAAAUGGAACUGGAUAACGGACAAUGAUACUUGGAUAUACCAAUAUGCAAUUCUCGUCUUCUUUACAUAGUGCGAAAUUUAUAUUCAUUGACUGUAGAAUCAAGAAAACCCUUUAGUUAAACAAGAAAAAGCUGAAACUUGAUGAAUAAAUUAAUACACACCUUAAACCUAACGUUGACUUAGUUUUGUUGAGAUUUUGAAAAUUUGCAUGGUUACAUAUAAUUAUUCUACUCUACAGUAUAAGGGUUCAUAUAAUUUGUAUUUUAUAUAGUUGAG